AUAUCCAAUAAGAAACCUACACACAAAUAAAUUUGUCUUCUUCUGCUAUCCCUAUCUCUCUUUUUGGUCUCUCAUUAUCAUCAUCACUACUGGUCCUCUCUUAUUAACUAACUUUUUGUUAUCAUCAUGGCAAAGAUGUUAGAACCUCUUUUAGUUGGAAGGGUGAUUGGUGAUGUUCUUGAUUCUUUCACUCCAACAAUCAAAAUGUCUGUAACUUUUAACUGCAAUAAACAAGUGUGUAAUGGUCAUGAACUUUUUCCUUCUACUGUCACUACUAAACCUAAAGUUGAAGUUCAUGGUGGAGAUAUGAGAUCAUUUUUUACACUGAUUAUGACAGACCCUGAUGUUCCUGGACCUAGUGAUCCAUAUCUUAGAGAACAUCUCCACUGGAUAGUGACAGACAUUCCAGGCACAACUGACGCGACAUUCGGAAAAGAAGUAGUGAGUUAUGAGAUGCCAAAACCAAAUAUAGGAAUACACAGGUUUGUGUUUGCAUUGUUCAAACAGAAAAGAAGACAAUCAGUUAGUUCGCCAUCAUCAAGGGAUCAUUUCAAUACUAGAAAAUUUGCAGAAGCUAAUGAACUUGGACUACCUGUUGCUGCUGUUUUCUUCAAUGCACAAAGGGAAACUGCUGCGAGACGACGUUAGAUUAAUUAGCAUCCCUAAUUAAUCAACCCAAAUGAAAGAAAUAAUCGAGGAUAAUAACGUGUACUACUCUACUAUAUGUAUUUAAAAGAUGUUUGCUAAAAAUAAAUCAGAAGUGGGUGAUUUCAAUCAUCAGAAACACAUUAUUCACUAAGACCCUAGCUAGCUUGCUCAAGGAAUAGUUAACAAACUAGAGAAUAAUGUACAAAAAUAUCAUCUUUCCUUCUCCCCUUUUUUUUUGUAUUUCUGGUCCUGCUUUCAGUGCUUUGUGUCUUAGUUGUAAUAACAAGCUUUAUAUUUGGAUUUCA